AGUAUGAGAAAUAUAUUUCUUACUGUAGUAUCAUAAAACGUUAGAAACGAAAAAAAAAAUUUAAUUUCAAAAGAAAAUGAAGUUUGUAAUUGUAUUGAUUUUAUUUUUUUUCUUAAAAAAUACUUAUGGAGAUCCAGUUAUGACAACAAGUAUUACAAAAAAUGAUUCAUCAAUGUCAACUGAAGCAAGGGCAAAGGAAUGGAUUAAUUCUGGACCCAGUUGGGUAUUUCCAUCAGUCAGUGGAUUAUUUUGGAAAAAUAAUCCUUCAAAAGACAAUGAAAUUAAUCAAAUGAAAAAUAGACUUUAUAGUCUAGAAGUAUCACAGAAUUAUAUUAUCCACACACUUGAAGCAAUUAAGACAAAUAUGGAACGGAUAAAUUAUUCUUCAAAAAUGUAUCCAACAACUCCAAGCUUUUUACGACGAGUACUUUUUAAACCAACUGAAAAAUCAAAAAUAACAAAUGAAAAUUUACAAGUAUUAUCAUCAUCAUCAUCAUCAUCAUCAUCAUCAUCAUCAUCAUCAACAUCGACUAGUCAACCAUCAGCUUCAAGUAUUAUUGAUCAGUCUGAUGUUGGUACAAACUCGACAAUUUCAUCAACUGAGUAUGAAAGUUCUUCAAGUGAAAAACCGAUAAUAGAUGCUAAUACAAAAACAAAUAUACAAACAACAAAACAAACUGUUGUUGAAAUGAGUGAUGCUGUUAAUACAAAGCCAAUCAAUAAUAUUAUUUUUCCAAGCUACACAUCAGUUAAUUCACUAUUGGAAAAUACAACAAUGAAAAAUAAUAACACUGAAUUAUCGAGAGAUAAUAAUUCUCAUCAAUUUGAUAAAAUUAGAAAAAAUGCUAGAAAACCCUCAAGUGAUGAUAAAUAAAACCUUUUUAAAAAAAAUAUUUUCACAUGUAAAAUUAAAAAAAAAAAUACAUUGAACUCUUCUCAGCUUUUUUUGUAAUUAUUAUUUUUUUUUUAUUUUCAUUUUACUCCAAUUUAUUAUUCUGAAAUUCUAUUAUUAUUAAAAAAAAAAAUAUUAAUAUAUUAUUUUUUUUUUUCUUAGAAAUAAAAUGUAUGCUUCAAUAAAUAACUAGGAUUGCAAUUUAAAAAAAAAAAAAUGCUUAUAAAUAGAAUAAAAAAUAAUUAAAAAAAAAAAAAUUUCAUUUACGCA